AUGGUGGUUGAAAAGUCUUCAGAGGGUGUCGUUAUAGUAAACUACGAAGCUCUUGCCAAUAUUUCGGAAAUAUUGACGGCAAUAGAAGAAGCAUUCGGAUCACAUCCGCAUUGCCUUGGGUUGCUGUUAGUUAAGAACCUACCAGCAGAAUACAUGGAAAUGCGUCUUCGAUUAUUACGCUUAGCUUCAGUGUUCGCUUCGCUUCCUGAUGACAUCAAAGAAAAAUUUGUCGAUGCGGAAAGUCAAUAUAAUUAUGGAUGGAGCUGUGGCAAAGAAUUGAUGAAUGGGAAACUUGAUUUUCUCAAAGGAUCUUAUUACGGAAAUCCUCUUUUGGACACACCUAUUGUCACGAAAGAACAACGAGAAAAAUUCCCGUUCUAUUGUCAUCCUAAUAUAUGGCCUACAGAGUAUUUGCCGGAAUUUGAAGAUGCAUUUAAAAAAUUUGGUAUUUUUAUAAUUGAAGUCGGGAAGAAGGUGGCAAAGUGUUGUGAUGCUUUCGAGAGAGUAAUCACGGAAUCACAAAUUCAUAAAGCUCGAUUAUUACACUAUUUUCCCAUAAAGAAAAAGACUAUACAGGAAGAUGACGAUGAUAAUGACAAGCAAGAUACAUGGUGUGGUUGGCAUAUCGAUCACUCUUGUCUAACAGGAUUAACAUCAGCAAUGUACAUUGACGAACGCGACCGAAAUCGAGCAGAAAUCAAGAAUCCUGAUCCAAGUGCAGGACUAUACGUGGCUACAAGAGACGGUACCAUUAAAAAGAUCAAUGUCCCAAAAGAUUGUCUAGCCUUUCAAAUGGGAGAAGCGAUGCAAGUCGCAUCUAAUGGAGCUGUCGUGGCAACCAGACAUAUGGUAAAAGGUAUUUCUCGUAGUAGUAAUGGAGAUAAUACUGAUGGUGUGCCAUUUGAUGUCGUAUCACGGAAUACAUUCGCUGUUUUUAUGCAGCCUUCAUUAGAGGAACGAGUUGGUGAUGUUACUUUUGGUGAGUUUAGCGGUAAAGUAUCAUGUAGAUCAUUAAAUUUUUUUGAAUCGCGAAACUGCUACGUAGUUCAAAUAAUGCCGUCUGACAUUAAUCUCAUAGACUCGAGUAUCGCUGCUGUAAUAGCGCGACUUUAUACACAUCCAAUUGACACUAUUCGCGUUCGUUAUCAAACUACGCCAAGAGGCACUAAGUUUAAGCAUUUAAUACCCACGCUAAGUAUACCGAAGUUAUACCGAGGAUUCCCAGUUGCAGCCACCUUCAGCAUUCCCGCGGUGUCUACAUACCUUUACGUAUAUGAUUCCACUAAACACUUACUUUCGGAUAAACUCGGCCUCUCAAAGGAUCGUGUUUGGAAUCACGCGUUGAGUGGAGUAGCAGCCGAGGUGAUCAGCGGAGUAUUUUGGACGCCCAUGGAGGUGUUGAAGAGUAAACUACAAUAUAGUACAGCUUACACACCUACGCAGAUCCUUGAAGUUGUAAAUAACGAAUUUGUGAAGAAAAACAUGCCAUUACCAGAAUUAGCACCGCCACCACCAGUGGAUUUGAACGUCACCAGAUCAACGUUAACUCUAUCGCGAGAAAUACUUGAAACUGAAGGCAUAAAAGGAUUUUAUCGUGGCUACUGGUUAACACUGGCAGUUUUUGUCCCACAGACGGUGAUCUAUUUUGUAAUCUACGAGAAACUCAAAGCACGAGGAGCAAAAAGCGACGCGGAAAAAAUAAAAAGAAUCGAAGAAUUCUCUAACAUACAACACUACGAUAGAUAUGGAUUACCGAGAAAACCAGCACCAAAGGUUCAUCCUCAUGUUGCUUUGGCAUUCUCCAGUUAUUUUAUAUAUUCUGCGAUCGCGUCCGCGAUUGCCGCGUCAAUCUCGAAUGUGGUGGAUGUCGUAAAGACACGGUGGCAAGUCACUUAUAAAAAUGAAGAGAACAUUAAGUCACCAUUGCAGAUCAUAAAGAAUUUGUAUAUGCACGAGGGUGGUAUUUUUGCGUUUGGUCGUGGAAUGAUCGCAAGAGUUGCUUGGGCUGUUCCUGCAACUUCACUUAGUAUGGCGGUGUUUGAAGUGUUAAAGGAGUUAAGAAGGAAACGGGCUUUAGAAUUGGAAGAAAAUUCAAUUUCGUGA